UUAAAAUAUUCAAAAUGGCGGACGGAGGAGCAGCGAGUCAAGAUGAGAGUUCAGCCGCGGCGGCAGCAGCAGCAGACUCAAGAAUGAACAAUCCGUCAGAAUCCAGUAAACCAUCUAUGGAGAGUGGAGAUGGCAACACGGGCACACAAACCAAUGGUCUGGACUUUCAGAAGCAGCCUGUGCCUGUCGGAGCAGCAAUCUCAACAGCCCAAGCCCAAGCUUUCCUUGGACAUCUCCAUCAGGUCCAGCUCGCUGGAACAAGUUUACAGGCUGCUGCUCAGUCUUUAAAUGUACAGGCUAAAUGUAAUGAAGAAUCGGGGGAUUCCCAGCAACCAAGUCAGCCUUCCCAGCAGCCUUCAGUGCAGGCAGCCAUUCCUCAGACUCAGCUUAUGCUGGCUGGAGGACAGAUAACCGGGCUAACUCUGACGCCAGCCCAGCAACAGCUAUUACUGCAGCAGGCGCAGGCCCAGGCACAGCUGCUGGCCGCUGCAGUACAGCAACACUCUGCCAGCCAGCAGCACAGUGCUGCUGGGGCCACCAUCUCAGCCUCCGCCGCCACGCCCAUGACGCAGAUCCCCCUGUCUCAGCCCAUACAGAUCGCACAGGAUCUUCAACAGCUGCAACAGCUUCAGCAGCAGAAUCUCAACCUGCAGCAGUUUGUGUUGGUGCAUCCAACUACCAACCUGCAGCCGGCGCAGUUCAUCAUCUCACAGACACCCCAGGGCCAACAGGGUCUCCUGCAAGCGCAAAAUCUUUUAACACAACUACCUCAGCAAAGCCAAGCCAACCUCCUGCAGUCGCAGCCAAGCAUCACCCUCACCUCCCAGCCAGCAACCCCAACACGCACAAUAGCAGCAACCCCAAUUCAGACACUUCCACAGAGCCAGUCAACACCAAAGCGAAUCGAUACUCCCAGCUUGGAGGAGCCCAGUGACCUUGAGGAGCUUGAGCAGUUUGCCAAGACCUUCAAACAAAGACGAAUCAAACUUGGAUUUACUCAGGGUGAUGUCGGGCUUGCCAUGGGGAAACUAUAUGGAAACGACUUCAGCCAAACUACCAUCUCUCGCUUUGAAGCCUUGAACCUCAGCUUUAAGAACAUGUGCAAGUUAAAGCCACUUUUGGAGAAGUGGCUAAAUGAUGCAGAGAACCUCUCAUCUGAUUCGGCCCUCUCCAGCCCAAGUGCCCUGAAUUCUCCAGGAAUUGAGGGCUUGAACCGUAGGAGGAAGAAACGCACCAGCAUAGAGACUAACAUCCGUGGGGCCUUAGAGAAGAGUUUCUUGGAAAAUCAAAAGCCUACCUCGGAAGAGAUCACAAUGAUUGCUGAUCAACUCAACAUGGAAAAGGAGGUGAUUCGUGUUUGGUUUUGUAACCGCCGCCAGAAGGAAAAAAGAAUCAACCCACCAAGCAGUGGUGGGACCAGCAGCUCACCUAUCAAAGCAAUUUUCCCCAGCCCAACUUCACUGGUGGCGACCACACCAAGCCUUGUGACAAGCAGCACAGCAACCACCCUCACUGUCAGCCCUGUCCUCCCUCUGACCAGUGCUGCAGUGACUAAUCUCCCAGUCACAGGCACUACAGACGCCACCUCCAACAACACGGCAACCGUGAUUUCCACAGCACCUCCAGCUUCCUCAGCAGUCACAUCUCCCUCUCUGAGUCCCUCCCCUUCUGCCUCAGCCUCCACCUCUGAGGCAUCCAGUGUCAGUGAGACCAGCACAACACAGACCACCUCCGCUCCUUUGUCCUCCCCUCUUGGGACCAGCCAGGUGAUGGUGACAGCGUCAGGCUUACAAACAGCAGCAGCUGCCGCCCUCCAAGGAGCUGCGCAGUUACCAGCAAAUGCCAGUCUGGCUGCCAUGGCUGCUGCUGCAGGACUAAACCCAGGCCUGAUGGCACCCUCACAGUUUGCGGCUGGAGGUGCCUUACUCAGUCUCAAUCCAGGGACCCUGGGCGGUGCUCUCAGCCCAGCUCUGAUGAGCAACAGUACACUGGCAACUAUUCAAGCUCUUGCUUCUGGUGGCUCUCUUCCAAUAACGUCACUGGAUGCAACUGGGAACCUGGUAUUUGCCAAUGCAGGAGGAGCCCCCAACAUCGUGACCGCCCCUCUGUUCCUGAACCCUCAGAACCUCUCUCUGCUCACCAGCAACCCGGUUAGCUUGGUCUCUGCUGCCGCAGCCUCUGCAGGGAACUCUGCGCCUGUAGCCAGCCUUCACGCCACCUCCACCUCAGCUGAGUCCAUCCAGAACUCUCUCUUCACAGUGGCCUCUGCCGGCGGGGCUGCGCCCACCACCAGCACUGCCUCCAAGGCGCAGUGAGCUGGGCAGAGCAGGGGUGCCGGGAGCCUUUUACUCUGCAGUGUAACUGGGCUGCCAGCCAGGUUAAUAAAACUGAAAAAUGUGAUUGGCUUCCUUUCACCACCAUGUUGUGAGAGCAAAGGAGAGAAGGAAGAGAAGAAAAAACAUACCAGAAAAAAAAAAAAAGGAGGAAAGGAUGGAGAUGGGACAACAUUUGCCUAAUUUUGUAAUAAAACACUGUCUUUUCAGGAUUGCUUCAUGGAUUGGAGAACUUUCUAACUAAAAAUUAAAAAAAAAAAGAAACAAAAAAUCAAAAACAAACAAACAAAAAAAUAAGUGAAAGGACUACUUAUCAUUUCCAGCAGUCAUGAUGACAAGUGAAGGUGGGUUACCAAUUCCAAUAUAGGAAGGGGAUUUCUUGUUUGUCUAAAUUUCUUUUUAUCUUAAAAAAAAAAAUCAUUUUUAUGGGUCUGUUGUACAGGCCACUAAGUCAUAACAAGGUGUUUAUAAUCGUAUCAAUUGUGUUGGGGGUUCCUUUCUUAACUGGUACAAUUUAGGCAGGCCUGUAUUACUGUGUCUCUAUUAUUAUUGUUGUUGUUAUUGUUUUAUAUAUAUAUAUAUUAUAUAGUUUGGACAUGUUUAUCUCUUGCUCCUGGAUCCUAUUUCAGUGAGCUCCCACACUGUGGGGAGGGAGGGUUUCAGGGUAAGGGGAGACUUCUGUUCUUAACUGCGGGGAAUGUUCUUGCUGGUUUCCUUAUCCUUGAUGACUCUUACAGAGGUGCUAGAAAAUUAUUUUCUUUUGCCACUUAUGCAAGAGGCUUGGUGCAGAAGCUGAAGGCAGUGUGUGCAAACACUCCCACUCCACACAUCCCCCCCAUCAGGUGGUGCCUUUGGAGCACUUUUGUGUAGGAAGAAAUUCCUGCUGAACUGUAGCUCUCACUCACCCCCAAAUCAUUGAAUGACCCUGAGGCCCAGAUCCUGUAGUGCAACAGUGCUGCUUUCUGCUACUUUCAAUGGGAACAGCUGUACGUGUUGCAGGGCGGGAUUUGGUUCUGAAGAGCAAAGACUACUGCAGACACCUGACUUGGUGGUUCUCCUGAUUUCUAAUUUCCUGAAAAUGCUCCUAUUGUUGGUGUGUUUGUUUUUUCCAUUUUUCAGAAGUUUUUCAUCUAAACUUCCUUUAAGUUACUUGGCAAAGAACAAACUGACUUAUUGAAGUUGGAAAACUUUCCUCUUCUUUUAUUUUCUGAAGGAAUUCUAGUAUUUUUCCAUCAAUUAUAUACGUAAAAGAGGUGUGAUGAGAAGAGUCUGAGGUUGCCAGCUUUUCCUCUAGAAAGCCACAGACUUCCUUUCCACUGGAUGGCUUAUAAAUUCCUGUAACCCUGAGAUUCUGCUUGGUUCUCUGACUAAAGGAGGCACUCACUUACUAGCGGGGCAGGAUCUAUAGAACUUCAAGCAGGAACUUUGCACACGCCACAUGAAGUGUCAUUAGUUGGUGACACUUCCGCUAGUUAGGUCUACAUAGCAAUUCACACUCUUUAUUGGGUGUAGAAAGUGAUCAGCUCCUGUAAUUAUUUUCAGGGUGUUUCUAGACCAUAUAAAUGAGCCCCUUGAAAAGGAAGAGCUUGUGAAAGUGGAUGAGGAGGAAUAAGGGUAACUUAGAGAUUAAAUUCCCUUUUUUGUCAGUGUACUGUUAUUAUACCGUCUGUAUGAAAAAAAAUUCCAAAAGACUGGAUUACUGCACUGCAGCUCAUCUAAGUUCCCCUUCUUAUUGGAGUUGAAGGUUCCCAUUUGGUGUCUAUGGGGUUUUGUUUAAAUCUCUGGUGGUCCCAAGACUGCAUUUUUCUCCCUUUGGAGCUGAGAGUGUAGAGAGAACUUACAGGUGGUUUUUAGUCGGAUUGCUUUGCUUGUGUCCACAAGGAAGCUUGGAUUCCGUGUACUUCGCUCUCUUCACCAUUGUUGAGAAGGCAGUAAUACAGACAGAGUGUGAACUUUGCUUGUAAUUUAAGUGGGAGACAGUCACAUUAAUAUUAAAAGUCAGAAAUAGUUUAGUCCCCUUUAAAAUUUUUUUCUGUUUUUUUUUUGUCUUAAUUUUAUUUCACAAAAUAUUUAAAUUACCACCCCUAAAUUUCUUCCUUACCCUUUACCUUCCCUAAAAUCCCUCCAAAAUCAGUGAACUGCAAGCAGGGAAAUUAACAAAUGUCCAUCCACCUUUUUUGUGUGGUGUGUUUUUUAUGUUUGUUUGUUUGUUUGUUUUUUUAAACUAAGCUUGAACCAAAGUCAAUUUUUAGCAAGCUGCUGUACUAAUGGACUAGUUUAUGAUGUGCAGUUCAGACACAUUGAGGAGAUAGAUGCUACUGACAAUUUCUUUUUCAUUUGUCUUUAUUAAUUUUAUAUAAAAGUUGCUGCUUGUUUUUAAUCUUUUAUGUUGGUAAAUUGUAAUAUCCUCUGGGCAGACAUUAACUUGAUGUUUAACUAGUUUAUUUAGGUUGGUGUGUAAAUAGAAUGGCAGUGUCGGUUACUAAUUUCUCUCCUCUCCAUCCACUUUUUCUCUGUUGUAGUUAAAUUUAAUCUUUUAUCCUGACUUGCCAUCUCUAACUUUAGUCUGUGCAAAUAAUUUAGGGCUAUCAGUGAUACUGUAGUUGCCAAUAGCAAUGAGUCCCUCCCUUGGGAGUGUGGAAAGUUAGGAGGAAGGAUUCGGGGAGGGGAAUGCUGAUGCCCACCACACUGGAUUAGAAGUUGUAGCAUUAAUUUCCCAAGAUUGCUACCAAAGGGAGUGUGGAGUCCCGAGGGACUCAAGCCCAGUGAGUCAGGAGGAAGGGCAAGGAAAGACUGCUUAGGGUUUUUUGGGUUUUUUUUUUCACAUGUGGUUAAAAAUGAUCCUUUUCCCAAAUAAGAUCCAACAAAAGACUUUAAUAUUAAAAAAGAUACUAAGCUUUAAAUGUCAGUACAAGGGUCAUUAAUUUCUAUUCCCUGUCUAUAUUCUCUCUCAUCAGUUUGGUAUAAGAGGAUUCUACCAUUUGGUGUGUGUAUCACUUGAUGAGGGUAGACCUUAAACCAGUAUAAAAAAAAACAACAAAACUGUGUUUAAAGGAAUAAUCUUUAGACCAAGAUAAAUCCUUAGAUAAAAAUGAAACUUUUUCUCUUUUUUUACUCAUGUAAAAAUAAGUUAUAAAAUGAAAGGUACAUAUACCUAUGUACACAUGAAACACUAAUAUAGCUUGUUGGUGAGUGUUUAGUUUAAAAUCAACUCCUUGCACCAUCACUAUUCUACUGAUCAUAUUGCUUCAUGAACACCUUAGUCAUUUUUUACUUUAUAUCAUCUUUUUUUAAUUGUCUCGAGAAAUGCAUUUUGAAUUGAAUGAACUAUCUCCUACACUAAAGUACUCAAACUUAACUUUUAGCCACCUUGUGAAGGGAGACUGGAAACUAAAGAGGGACAUUAGACCAAAAAGAGGUGUUCAGUAGAGUUUCUACAUUUUGAAGAAGAAAGGCCAGAUAGGUCAUCACAAUUCAUUGUAUCAUUCUUUUUCUUUUUGUUCCUCCUUACUGUUUAUGCAAGUUGUAUUUUUAUCCCUGAAUUUGGUUAACACGUAUUAAGCCAAAGACUAAUUCUAAAUGCAUUUAUAGUAAUAUUAUAUUUGCCCAUAGUAAUGGGCUCUCCCUAGGGAGUGGUGAAUGUAAUUGUUUGAAUCCUGCUCGUCACAAGUGGUGCAAUUUGGUCAUAAACUUUAUUUAUACCCUGUAUAAAUCUGAAGGACAGAGCAGGAAGACCAAAAAGGGCUUCUCACAGGAACAAUACUACUGUGUUGUUCUAAGAAAUAAGUUGAGUUCUGUAUUAGUUUAAAUGUUUCUGAAGUUCUAUAGGCAGCUUUUUAGAAGUAAGAGAAAAAAUGUUUGUAUCCAUUACCUGAUAUAAUACACACUUCCUUUUGUUUAUUGUCAGAAAGAUCAAUACCAUCUCAAUUUAUUCAACUCGUACUCGAGAAAUGGAACCAAAGCAAUCCAACUUUCAUUUGGUAUAGGACCAUACCUAUUUAUACUUCAUGGUAGCGUUAUAAGAAAUUAAUCCUUUUUGUGUUUAAAUAAAAGGGAAAAAUAAGACUGAAAGAUUUUUAGUGAAACAUCUUGCCAACUCGUCCUACAUCAUUCAUUCAUUCAUUAUUGGGGAAAAAAGCACAAUUGUACUUCUUUUCAUGUUAUUUUGUCUCAUUAUCCCUCAUUUGUUUGGCAAGAUAAGGAAAACCUUGUCUAUAUUUAUCCAGAAGCACAGGUAUUUGCUUGAUAAAACAUUUGAAUUCAGCCCAAUCUUUAACAUUUUCUUUUUAACUUAUUGGAAAAGCCAGAUACAUUUGCAAACAUAGGAAAUUCGUGUAAGUUUUUAAAGUUAUGAAUCUUGAUAAAAAACAUUGGAAUUAGUAUGUAAUGAACACUUGGCUUACCGAAGACACUCUCUGUAGUUCAUAAUCUAAAGCUGUUCCCAAACCAUGUCAUCCUCACAAAACAUUGUUUUAACUAAGACAAAAAAGAAAAGAAAAGAUCACUGAAAUAGGAAGACAGAGAAACUGAGAGGCCUCUUUGUAUCUGCCCAAGAAAAGAGAAUCACUGCCAGGGAGAAGUUGGAAGGCCUGGACGUCAUGUUAGCAGGUUGCUUUGGCCUCAGCCCUGGAGAGGCCCUCCAAAGACCAGUCUGCAGUUACAGGAACACCUCAACAAUUCACUAGGCGAAUUUGUCCAAAUCAUUUCUCAUUAAAUCAGCAUCUAAAUAAUGAAUUUAAAGUUUACUGGUUCUUCAAACCCUGUUUAUUAAAGUUGAAAGAGUUGAAAGAUGGCUAAUACUAAUGGGGAAAAAAAGACUAGUUAGAAUUUUCCAAAUGAGCAAGAAUCUAUGGCAGGGGUCCUCAAACUUUUUAAACAGGGGGCCAAUUCACUGCCCCUCAGACCAUUGGGGGGCCGGACUAUAGUUUAAAAAAAAACAAACAAAAAACUAUGAACAAAUUCCUAUGCACACUGCACAUAUCUUAUUUUGAAGUAAAAAAACAAAACGAGAACAAAUAACAAUUACACCGCCUCAUGUGGCCCGCGGGCCAUAGUUUGAGGACCCCUGAUCUAUGAGUUAAUUUCCUCGUAACUGAUAGUUCACUUUUAGAUUUAUGUAUGAAGAUCAUUUAAAUCAUUGUCCUGGCUGUUUGAAGACAUUUUCAGUCUUAAGACAUUUUGAGGGCGACACUUUAUAAAGUGGUAAGUCUUUCUUAGCAUUGACUUUCACUUUUGAGAAGAAAAAAAAUCAUUCUUUGCCAUUCCUCUGAGAAGAAUAACUAAGAUGGGCUAUUGUAGGUUUACAUAGACAGCACACUAAGUACAUAUGGAAACUUGGACAGGAAUAGGACACAUAAUUCACCUUCAUCAUUAAAGGCUAAUCAUCCUUUUCUUAAUCAAAGAAAUUAGAUGAGUCAACCCUGAGAUUCCUGGUAAGAUACUGGAAAGGAUUCCACUGGAAGGACAGGAAUGUGUUUUUCCCAGGGUUGUCCAGUUUGCACCAGUUUUCCGAAUGGUUUGUCAACAGCUGCUUUCUUCUAACUGCCCUUACUCAUGAAGUAGUUCCUUGUUUUGACUCUUCUACUUUUGGCCUUCGCUAAAAGCAGCAAAUUCGAGUGAACCUUCUGUUGAUUGCAUAACCAGGAUCUCCUUUUCUCUUUUCCUUUUCUUCUUUUUCACUUUGAAUGGUGGUACCUUAAUCUGGGUAACAGCUAGCUUCUGGCACCUUCAUAAAAUACCUCAGCAUAGCUUAGCAUUGUUACAGAACUGGUUUUAAACUAAAAACCAUAUAAAUAAAAGAAGAAACUUUAUAAAUAGUGGAAAUGAUUCUAGCUGUAGCAUUUAGUUGAACUAAUUAUUAUGACUGAUGAAAAUGAUCGAUGCUGUAUGUAUUCGGGAUCCUGUUUAUAGGCUACAGUUUAUAGGGUUAGGGAGGGUUGGGUGGGGGAAGAGAAGUUGAUUAUGUUAGAAGGAAAACGUUGCUCGUGUGUGUUUGUUUUUUCCUAUAUCUGUCUUGCCAAAGGAAACUUGAUUUUCCCUGUGAUUGGGUUUGAGAUUUGUUGGCCUCUUUGUGGUCUGAUCCGCAGCACAGUGUGUGGUGGCGCGCAGGUAACAUGAGGGUACCUAGUGGGUGCAGGACCCCUAAGGGUGCAUUUACAUCCCUUCCUGUGGCUGCCUGUGUGCCCCAGACCCUGCCAGACUCUCCUGAUGAUUCAUUACCUCUGUGUAUAGCAGAAGCUUAGGCAAAGGACGAAUGUAUGAAUGUCUGGGUGUGCACUUGAGAAAUAGAGGCAGAACUAGACAUGCACCAAUUACUUUGGAGAGGAAAGAAGAGGUGAGUGGUUGAUGUAUCCUAAUCUAGGAAAACUAAAGUGAAACAGAUUAUUCUUGUCUCCCUCCAUCAGGUUAUUAGAUGUUAUGCUACUAGCACAGCAUUUUAAAACCUUACUUCUUUUUCUCAUACCAAGGCUAGUAGUUCUCUAAACAGCAAAAAACAAACCAAGAAGUGAAAACUAAUCUGCUGACCUCACACGUGAGAAGGUGUGACCCUCAAGGAUUGGUUGGUCAGUGGGGUAGAGAAGAGUAUUAUUCUUGGUGGGAAUGUGAAUGAGAAAUGAUGCUGGUCUGUGCUGGUCUAGGGAAAAUUACAAGCCCUUCUGCCCAUCCUCUGGGACAGAACUUUCUCAGCUCCCUGAGUUCAGAUAUAAACUAUAUCUCCAGAAGUCCUAUUUUUUUAAAUAAAUGAUCUAUCUCACAUAACUUAGUGGGAUUUGGUUUGGAUACCAAAGACACUGCGAUACCAUUCUGUGCUUAUUCUUGUGUUUUCAAGACAGGCAGAGGGAAUAAGAACAAAACGCUGGUAUUUAGAAAAGCUUUUCUUUGCCUCUUUCCUGCCCUGCUCCUUCCCGCCUUCCCUGCUUUUUGAAGGAAGUCUUCUUGUUGGUUAUCCUGGCUUUGGGAAAGAGAUUGGUUUUGUUUUGCUCUGUUGGCUCUGUAAACAUGGAUAGGAUUGCUCUGUGUAGCAGUGAUAUUCUUGGAAUUGCUGAGAAAUUUGGGGAGGGCAAAAAAUGAGGGUAGAAUUUUUUUGUUUAGGUGGGAACCUGCUGCCUUGGGCCACAUGUGGCCCUCCAGAUCCCCAAGUGCAGCCCCUCGACCAAAUCCAAACUUCACAAAAAAAUCCUUUUAUUAAAAGGAUUUGUUGCUAAAAUUUGGAUUCAGUCAAAAGGAUCCAGAAGUCCAGAUGUUGGCCCCAAGGCCGCAGGUUCUGCACCCUGGGAAGAGCACGAUUACAUGGAAAACCAAAAGAUCUUCUCUUUCUCUCCUGUAGAGCUAUUUUCUUCACAAAUGUUUUUAUAAAUGAGCUCCAGGGAGCUGAGUAGUUCAUUAUUGUGUACAUUGAUAGGACACAGAAAGGGAACGGGAAAAUAAAUAUAUCGCUCUCUGAAUAUUCCAUCAAAGAAUCACCAGGUUGCAGAACUUCAUGAAAGCUUUACUAAUAGUCUUAUUGUUCUGACUUUAUAUAAAGGUGGUAUUACUAUUGUGUGACUUUUCAAAGUGCUAGAUAGGUUUCUAAGUAGAUAAUAGUGAUAUUGAAGAGAAGAGCACUUGAAACAAAAGCUGUGGGAAGACAGGUGUGGGUGUGAUGAGACACCUCUGGGAGCACGGAGGCCACGCUCCUGGGGCCUGGGAGGGUGGAGGUGUUCUAGGAUUCUGUGUCCCUGAAUCUGCCCCCUCUACCCAGGGCUCCACCACCCACUGCCACCUUCUGGUUCAAACCCAGGACACUGUCAAAAGGUUAAGCCCCCAAAAACAAUUUACUGUAAAAAAACAUUGAGGUCUGCUGCAAAGUUUUCCUGUUUUCUUUGUUUAUGAGUUCAUCUUGUGUAAAUUGGCCACGCCCUCACAAAAGCAGCUUAAAGCUUCUUUCAUAAAUUGCCAGUGGCAUUGAGUUCUUAAACAUUUUAUCCCAGAGUCUGCAGGCAGACAGCUGGAUACAGUGCUGUGUAUUUUUUAUGAGACGGUCAAACCCUUUAGUUCCUUAAAACUGGGAUCUCUUUCGAAAGAACAAGGACAGAGCCAAGUAGAGAGAAGACUCUGUGUUCCCACCCAGUGCUAAAAGUGUCUCAAGGUCUGAAAAAUACAGGAGGAAAUGAAAUGCACUUUCAGAAGCUGAAAUGACAGUGUCUGCGACAAAAGGCUGUAGUUGUAGGCAGUGGGGGGUACCGUGUCUUUGGUUCCAUUCCUGCAUCAGUCUGCAGAAGGCACAUACUUCCUAAGAGUAGAGUGGGCCAGUGCCAGCUGGUUGGGUUUAAAGCUGCAAGCAGUUAGAGAAAAAGAGGUGGGGGGUGGGGGGUGGGGAGGGUGGAGGGGAUUGAGGAUAAGACUUUGCAACCUUGGCUUUCUACAACAUAAAUUGUGUGUUUCCCCUAUGGGCAGGUCAGGGGAGAGAAAGACUUCUUCCAGCUUCUUUCUUCUGCCUGCCUGGGCGUGCAUGCAUGCAUUUCAAUCCACAGGAGUCUCUCCCUGCAGGAAGGGCCCUCCUCCCACAUUAGACGCACUUCCAUCCCCUCUGUGUUGGCAAUGAAGGCUAGGUGAGUAAGUGUGGGCCGUUCUACCCACCACACGUCCAGGAUCUAUUGUAUACCUCAUUUCUAACUCGUAACUGAGUAACUUGCUUUAACUUUCUCAAAACCCUACAGAGUUGCCAAGUCUGCCCUCCCUGCUCUCAGUAAGUAAUGUUGAACUCUGGCCUACAGCAUCAUGGGACCAGUAGCCGAGGGUGGGAUCCCCCAAAACAAGCCUCUGAAUGUCGCUGCUUAAAAGCUACUGCAAACUGAGGGCAAAUUGCAAUCUUCUGUUUCUUUUUGUUGCAAGGGGUCUUCACAGGUCUCUUAACAUCUCCUUUCCCAGCCACCCUACCUUUAGGGGCUGGCCAGUUACCCGCACCCCCAGCCCACCCCGUGUCCCAAUGGCUGGCCACACAUCCACUUCUGUACUUGUCUUUUCCCUGGUGGGAUAGAGGCCAUCCCCUUCCCGUCCGAGGCCUCGGGGUUCUGUUUAUAUCAGGACUUUGGGUAGAAGGGAAGACACCAAAGGCUCUUUUUAGCUGACUGCUGCAUAAACACUUCACUUUUUUUCUUUUGACAUGACCAAAAAAUCCAAAUAUUUAAGUUUAUUAUUAUUAAUAUUAUUAUUAUUUGACAAUCUUAUAUCCAGUGGGCUCUCUAGAAGCUGCAUCCCCAGCCCUUUCACCUUUUCUUUGAAUGUAGUUCCUGACCUUCAGUUCCCACCCCGAGGGUUGAAAAAAGCUUAGCCAGGUCAUAAUACUGCUGCUAUAAGCCAGGGGAGGGUGGUUUCUUUGAUUUGUUUUGUUUUGUUUUUUAAAUUUCCAGCCAAAACCAAAGAUUUCUUAAUGAUUGUAUAAACUCAAAACAAACAAAAAAACCAAAGAAAGGGGAAGUCUUCAGCAUCAAUCCAACCUGUGGCGUCCUGGCGUUUAGAAGGUGAGGCUGGGGCAGGGGGGGAGCCUCCGACCAAUCAGAGAGGGCAGGCAGCUGUCAGCCACCUUCUGGGCUUUUCCACAGUUGCAUGCUGGGCAGCUGUAGCCCUUGCCAACUUUCAGGCGUGCCAAGAAACGAAUUGGCAUUCAGAUUUUCCAAACAAAAGACAGAACCCCAUCACCACCAUAAUCCACCCUACAACAACCAGGGUCACCACAGGGAUUUAGCACAGGGACUAGGGCUGGUGGGAGCCUCUGCUGAACUGGCCGAGGACUCCACAGAGUGGAGGACAUUGAAGACACUGGUGCAGGAUUGGCUGCUCUGCUGGGUGCUUUAACCUCUGGGGCUGGGCGAAUGCACGCCAAAGGGCCCUUCGGAGCCUUUUUUAUCUUUUCCUUUACUGGAACUGCUUGGAAGUGGCUGGCCUGUGUGUGAGAAAACAUGCAGAAAGAUUAUCAAGCUUUUCAUUUCUCUUUAUUGUAGUUUUGUUUCCUUUUUGCAGCACCACUGUGCAACUAUGCAUUGUAUUUCACAACCUUUUGUGCUAGGUAGAUGCCUGUGACUUUUUAACUUGGGGGGUGGGGGGAUUGCAAAUGAAGGAACUUUUUACAUGGAUCUUUUUAAUCUCAGUUGAUUGGGGGAGGGGGGUAUUUGGUUCUAGGGUCAUACAAGCUCUAUCCCAAAGCAAAAUCCAAAUGUUAAUAAUAUUAGCCUGAUGCAGAUACCAAAGAUAAUUUCUUUCCUGCAGAACCUUAGACUUGUGUAUUAAGUACGAUUACCCAGCACUUGCAUUAGUCUAACCUCAGUAAUUCCAAAGCUUAGAUGUAUAUUUUGGUAUAUUUCUGGGAUAUUAAAAAAAAAAUGUCGUUUAACUUCUUGUUUGUUUCAGUGUAAUGCUCUUAAAGUCAUAGCAUGAAAAUAAUUGAACUGUCCUAUUCUUAGUAGUUUGAAAUAAUAGUAUUUUUGUAUGUUUUGGGUGUGUCUAUGUAUGUAUUAACAUAACAGUUUUCACUGCCUAGGUGUUCAUAAUAAAAAAGAAAAUGAAAAAGUUUCGAGUGUACAUAAUAUUCAAUAAUAAUCUUCCACCAGGUGUCAAUUUGGAUUGCCCAUUCUUGUUCCCAGUCGGGAUUUUGUUUUGUUUUAAAGAGACAGUGAUCGUGUUUUUCUAAAGAUACUUUCUUUCUGUCUUUGAAUAUCUUAACUCCUCCACCUUUUCUUUUCUUUCUUUCUUUCUUUUUUUUUUUUUAAUUAUUAAUUCAGGGGUGUUUUUCCACUGUUGUCAAGGGAGGGACAUGAGGGGAAUUGGUCCCUUGACCUCCCAGAACUUUCUGUUUUAUGUAAAAUGUGAGUUUGAGUUCUUCUUUGUGGAAACUUAAGAUGUGGUGUAAAUGAUUCUUUCCAAAACUGUCCAGCAGCUUUGUGAGGCAGUGACAAUUCCUAGGUAGUUUAUUGGGAGUCCUACAUUUCUCCUUAGAUCACUUUGCAGUCUGGGUGGCUAUCAUAUAGCCUCACUGCCCCAGAGCGCCUGUUUAGCCAUUCCCCUCAGAUAGGAAUAUUUUAUAAGAAUCAGCUGAUAACUUGGCGUGCUGGUCCUUGUUAUCUGUGCCCCUGGGAAACACAUACUUUCUUGGUUUUCAAUACCUGAAACACAAGCGACUUUACAUUUGGGGGAAUUAGCUGAUGAUACCUCCUGAGGCCUGAGGAGGUGGCGGGGAAUAUGAGCGGUGCUGUCUCUUUAAAAGUGCCCUUUCUGUGAUUCCCCUCCUGGGGCUGCCUGCAGGGGCUGUGGGCUUGGGAGAGAUUGUGUAGAUGAUAGUGAAUAAGAAUGAAAUGGUAGAUUUUGUGUAGAUGCAUUUGUCUGCUGUAAUUUUUUAUAUAUAUAUUAAACUUACUGUAACUGUACAGUUCAUUUCUGUUGUAAAACAUUAUUAAACCAUUUUCCAAGUGUU